ACAACGGGAGACGAGACGGGAGAUCACACACACACAAACACACGCAUACACACACACAAGCGCUUAUGAGAGGCGUGUGUAUCUGAAGCAACAGCGGGUCUUCUCCAAAGGGACGUGUUUUCACUUGGAAUAAUCRUCCUGUCGAGAUGUUUUCUGCAGUUUCCCGCGGACAGUCUGUGAAAUGUUUCAUUCUUUGAAUACUUGAGGAGUGACGACAACUUUCCUCUAAUCGUAUUGGGUGGAAGAAAACAAGAAAAGAGAGGAGGUUUGUUAACAAUGCAAACAGUUGAAUGUUCCGGUCGGUCUCUGCGCCCAGAAGCAGCACGGAGUGUGGUGUUGGUGUGACGGAGGAGAAGCGAUGAUCUCCGCGGAGAUGCGCGGCUCGCUGAGGUUCCAGUCCGCGGAUGCUGUAGCUCGGUCGGGCUGCUCCUGGAGCCUCUGGGCGGCUCUGAUUGGACCGGACACGGACUGGGGCUGACUCUGAUGUUUGUCCGGAGAUGAAACGUGCAGGGGAGGAGAUCAAUUUGAGUUACUGGCAAGACUGGAGAUGUCAGUCUUUACGAGCAUCCUGAUUACGAAAAAGGACGGACUGAGGACAACAUGAGGACACAAGGAUUUAUUUUUUAUUUUUAUUUUUUGCCUCACCUGGAUCUAAAGUGAAAACACACUGGACAGGUUUUUUUUAUAACGUUUUACCUUUUCAAACUGAGUUAAACACGUUUUGCACUCAAGUAUUUUUCUUCUUUUUUUUCUUAUAAGGACUAUCGGGUUGACUUUUGCAUUAAAAAUAAUUUUAUGGACUUUUGCAACUGAAACUCAACAGCAACAUAUUUAAAGAAGAAAACAUUCAGUUGCUUCAUUUUGUAAUUUAGAAAAAUGUACUGAUAUCAUGCGAUAUGGCUUAUAUGUGGGUUGUAUAUUUUUUUUACCCACUGUUUGCCCUGGGGGCAGCUUUCUCKGGGGUCUUCAAUGCCACGGACAGAGACAUUUUUACAGAUGACUUGCUCCAGGUCAAGUUCGUACAAGACAGAGUGACCGAGCAGUGGAAACUSCGCUCUGCCGGUUCCUACCCCAACCUAUAUUUUAACCAAGUGGAUGUGUUGCACUUGAGGCAAAGGUCCUCCACCACCCACAGUCACAUUUUUAAAGUCAUUCGGGCGGCUGUGCUCACCAUGCUGUCUAAUGUCCCCUCUUACAUGCCCCCUGUGAAACAUGAGGAGUUUACAAGCAAGUGGAAUGAAAUUUAUGGGAACAACCUGCCCCCCCUGGCCCUAUACUGCCUGCUGUGCCCCGAGGACUCUGCUGCCCUGCAGUUUCUUAUCAAGUUUAUGGAUAGGAUGGCUGAGUACCCAGACUGGACGGUGACCAGCGCUCCGAAUGAUGAGGUCCCCAUGGCGCACUCUCUGACGGGGUUUGCCACUGCUUAUGACUUUAUUUUUUCCUUUCUGGAUGAGCGCAGAAAAGACCUUUACCUCAAUAAAAUUCGCUCMGAGACAGAAGCACUGUAUGAGCUCUCUAAGUACAGAGCGUGGGGGAAACAGUAUCUCCAGAAUCAUCAAACCACUAAUGUUUUAGCUAUUCUAAUUGGUGCAAUAGUGGUGGGUUCACACAAAAACCCAGAGUCCAUGAUCUGGAAACAAGUGGCAGUGAACUAUAUGGAGAAAACUAUGUAUCUUCUGAAUCACGUUGUUGAUGGGUCUCUGGACGAGGGAGUCGCCUACGGAAGCUACACAGCCAAGUCCAUCACACAGUAUGUGUUUUUAGCCCAGCGCCAUUUCAGUAUCGACAACAUGCAGAACAACUGGCUGCGGGAACACUUCUGGUUUUAUUAUGCCACCCUGCUGCCAGGCUUUCAGAGAACAGUUGGCAUAGCAGACUCCAACUACAACUGGUUUUAUGGGCCAGAAAGCCAGCUGGUUUUCCUCGACACAUUUGUCAUGAAGAACGGGACAGGGAACUGGCUGGCUCAACAGAUUAGAAAGCAUAGACCCAAGGAUGGUCCCAUGGGGCAGUCUUCUGCCCAGCGCUGGGCCACGCUGCACACAGAGUACAUCUGGUACAACUCCCACCUCAUAUCACAGCCGCCUCACGACUUUGGCAAAGUGAAAAUGCAUAUUUUCUCAAACUGGGGGGUGGUUACAUACGGAGCCGGGCUUCCCUGUGGCCAAAGUAAUACUUUUGUCUCUUUUAAGUCCGGCCGGCUGGGUGGGCGAGCAGUCUACGACAUUGUCCAUGACAAGCCUUACUCCUGGGUAGAUGGUUGGAACAGCUUUAAUCCCGGCCACGAACACCCAGACCAGAACUCUUUUACAUUUGCCCCUAACGGUCAAGUGUUUGUGUCUGAAGCACUUUAUGGCCCAAAGUACAGCUAUUURAACAAUGUGCUGGUGUUUAGUCCAUCUCCAACAAGCCAGUGCAACAGUCCAUGGGAGGGUCAGCUAGGGGAGUGUGCCAAGUGGCUGCGUUGGACCGAUGAGGGCGUGGGUGACACCAGAGGGGAGGUGAUUGCCGCCUCCUCGCACGCAGACACCAUGUUUGUGAGUGGGGAAGCCGUGUCCGCCUAUUCCCCGGCCAUGAGACUGAAGAGCGURUUCCGAGCCUUGGUUCUGCUGAACUCACAGACACUGCUGGUGCUCGACCACGUGGAGAAGUGGGGCGAUUCGCUUGUGACGUCUCUCAGUGCUUUCUUCCACAAUCUUGACAUUGACUUCAAAUACGUUCCUUUCAGAUUUAUGGACAGGUACAACGGCGCCAUGAUGGAUGUGUGGGACGCUCAUUAUAAAAUGUUUUGGUUUGACAGCCAGGGUCACAGUCCUGAUACCAGGAUACAGGAAGCAGAGCAGGCAGCAGAGUUUAAGAAGAGGUGGACGCAGUAUGUCAACGUCACUUUUCAGAUGACAGGCACAGUCAGCAGAGUAGCUUACGUGCUGCAUGGGCCCUAUGUUAAAGUGUCCAACUGUAGAUUUAUAGAYAGCAGCAAAAAUGGUGUGAGGCUUUCUUUAACUAUUAAUAACACAGAGAAGAUUGUCUCUGUUGCUACAAAUUAUAAAGAUAUCGGCGCAAGGUUGGCUUAUUUAGGGUUUGGGGGGCACAGUAAAGUUGAGGAUAGACAUCAAAUYAUUAGAUAUGGCCUCGGAGCACAACUCAUCCCGAAACAAAUCAGCAGUGAUAGUCAGCUGUUUGACAUUGGUUUUGCAGUUAAUGUGGUAGCAGGGGUUGUUCUUUGUGUGGCCAUAGGAUUUUUGACCAUGCAGAGAAAGUUUUAUGUUUGUUUCAGCCGUCUGAUGCGUUACGCCCUCCUGUCUGUGCUCAUUCUGUGGAUAGUCGAGCUGCUGUUUUUGUCUAACAGCUGUGAUCAGCUUCUCUGUGGGGUAAAAUGGAAAGGUGGGGAUGCCAAAAGCGAGCUAAAUAAACAAAUCAGACUGUACGAACAGCACCGUCUCCCUCUCCCCACCAUUGUCAUAACCGCUCUUCCGGGAUCAGGAUCAGAAAUACUCAAGCAUCUUUUCUACAAUAACUCCGACUUUCUUUACAUAAGGGUUCCCACGGAACAUGUGGACAUUCCAGAAACCGAGUUUGAGUUUGACUCUGUGGUUGACAGCUGCGAGUGGUCGAGGACAGAUGCAGUGCAUGGGCGGUUUAAGGUUAUCCAGGGCUGGCUCCAUUCGCUGGUGCACAACACCAGGCUGCACUUGCAAAACAUUCAGCUUGUAGAGGGCAGCAGGGUCAAACAGCCCCAGCGAGUCAUCCCCUCUAGGGACAGGAAGAAAAGAUCCAGGAGGAAAGAGCAGUCUGCAGCUGAGCUUAAGGGCAAACUGAAGACGAGCCUGGACAGAGAUGCAGAGUACAUACGGGAGAUGAGACGGCAUGUUGUGGAGUACCCUAACGCUCGGGUGGUCCUCAACAUGCGAAGUGGGAGCUGGACACUUAAACUGCCUUUUAUACAGGAAGUGGUGGGCCCUUCUCUGAGGGCGAUCUAUUUAGUAAGAGACCCACGUGCAUGGAUUUAUCUCAUGGUUUAUAACAGCAAACCCAGCCUUUACUCGCUCAAAAACAUUCCACAGCACCUGUCCUUGAUAUUCAAGGAGGACUCUGUCAGGGACGGGUGUCCAGCUGUGGCCCCGGAGUUUAAACUCAUCCAGAGGCUGCUGUCCCAUUCCGAGACAAACCCUGUUUUGAUUCUGGCUCAUUUGUGGCUAGCUCACACAGCCGCCGCUCUCAGGGUCACCGACAGUCUCCCAGAGGAGUCAUUCCUCCAGCUGAGGUUCGAGGAUGUCGUCGACUUCCCCCAGGAGACGGCAGAGACAAUACACACUUUCCUGGGGGUGCCUGUGUCCCCUGCAGCCCUUAAUCAGCUUAUUUUCACCACCUCCACAAGCCUGUACAAUCUGAUGUAUGAAGGGGACGUCUCACCAGCCAAUAUCAACAUAUGGAGACACAAAAUGCCUCGAAAAGACAUCAGAUUGAUAGAAGAUAUUUGUGGAGGUGUAAUGAAGAGAUUGGGCUAUGCCAAGUUUGCCAGUUAACUGCUGUUAGUCAGCUAAAAUAGAGCUGUCGUGUUUACUGUAGCUGCCAGUCAGAUUUAUAUUUUUCUUUUAUUGCACUGACGUUAACUUAAAAACAUGUUGACGGCCGAGAAACUUGGUAGCCUCUCUGUCUGUGUCCGAGUGUUUUCUUUCAGCAGGCCUGUGUUUAAGUACUUGUACUGAUUUAUUUCAUCCAGAUGUCUGUUGGGGAAAAUAUUUUCUACGAUAAUUGUUGGGAGAGAGCUUGUGCUGUUGUUUCACCCCCUGGCAAAUGUUCAUGUUUACUUGUAGCACUCAUUUAUCGAGUGAGAUUUUAAAUAUUUGUUUGUCUUACACGCAGAGGAAUAUCACUGAAUUUCAGGAGAAAUAUUUUCAACUUUCAGAGCACCAGUUGAAAUGUUUUUUUUUAAUAAAGCUUAAUUACUGUCUUUGUUGAAGACGCAAUGUUAGAGCUUUGUUUUCUCUAAUAAUGUGAGAUGUCAAAAAUAGCUGUGCAGAAAUUAUGUUGUUUUUUUAAUCUCUUUAUAGUAGUUCAGACUUUYAAAAGUAAAUAUCCUUUAAAUUGUUAUGAGCAAUAAAUAUCUUACCWGUUGUAGAUAGCUCUAUGAUUGACYUCCUUUACUUGAAGGAYAYGCURACRUCUGAGAGGGGCUAAGAUCAAAGUGAUUGCUGUCUUCUUAAAGCAACUGUAAUCUAAAUAAUGUCAUAACAAAUGCAAUUUUAACAACCUAAUUAUUCAUGAUAAUUUAGCAGGAAACACUUAUGUGCAUGAGCAAUUGUUUGUUUACAAGUGCAAAUAGCAGCUGCAUCUGGCUGUUGAAUCUCCAUGUGAUAAAUGAUUUGUUUUGAUCUUGGCGUCGUUCAGAUUAACCGAGAAAAUUAGAUUGUUCAACAAUCUUUUUACAACAAGUUCAACAAUCUUUUUACAACAAGUAAAAUAUUUACUGUUUAUAACCCUUUCAAAGCCACCUUAAUAUCUGAACUAUCACUUUCAUUCCUUUUUUUUUCUUGUCUAGAGAAUAAUAUUUACUGRUUUUGGAUAAAUAUGUGGUUGCAGAAGUUCAUGAAUAUGUUCUGAAAACUGGUUUGGCUUUCAGAACCCACGAGUGCUUUUUUUUCCCUUUAAAAUUGUAAGACAAAAAAUGCUGCAGGCUGAAGGGGAAACAGACGAACAAAAAAUACUUUAUUUAUAAAAACAUAUAAAUGAUUGUAUUUUUUUUACAUGAGUAAACAUAUUUUAUUUUGAAGCUCAAAGAUGUCAUGGUGGUUGUGUGGCUUAGCACUUUGAUUGUAUUUGGGAGUCAGCAUUUUCUGAAGCUACUUUUUACUGUAUGUGCUAAAUUAGCUUAGAAGUAUGGAAAAAAGAAAAGAAAAUGAUGAUAUAAGUUUUCGGAGAAUGUGAGUCAGAAGUAUUUAUGGGUUCCAAAGAUUUAUAUCCCAAAGGACUGAGAAUGAAUCUGAAUAUUAUAAUGACUCCCUUUAGCAUUUAUUGAAUCAGAGGGAAGUGCUUAAUGGGGAUCAAACUGGGAAAAAAAGAGAGAAAACUGUCAACUCUGACACAUUUCUGCUCAAUGAAUUUUUAAAGCAUUCCCUUCAGCUACUCAUAUUCAUCUGCAAAAUGCAUAAUGGAGGCUGUAUUUUAUUGUUGUAAUAUCUUCUCUAUAAAGAACCAGAGGAUAUGCAAA